UGUCGAUAAUCCAGUCCGCGCCCUGCACUAGCCAAACUUGUCUCGUCUAAGAAAAUUUUUCGGAUCCGCAGAUGUCAAAAUUCAUAGAAAAUAAACAAAUUCAUUUCAUUUGCUUUUUUACAUAAACAAAACUAAAACAAAUAGAAAUUUCAUUGACAAUACCCACGAGCAAUCCAUUCCCACCAAAUUAACUCCCGUCAGUUACGCCUGGACGGGUAAUUCGUAUCGUUUUGCUUUGCCCAAAAUUCCUCUCUUGUUCCGUGUGAAGUCGAGUGUUUUCUUGCUGUACUGAGUGUUCCAUAAUAAUCAACCGCGAUUGCGAAACGUUUUGGGGGUUUUUUAACGCAGUUUUUGUUGCGUCGACCGGUUCGGGAGAGAAAGUGAAAGUGUCCACCAGUUGGCCAGGACGGACCAUCAGACAGCGAACAUGGAGGAGUCCACCUUCGAUCCGGGGCCGAGCUUUCUGAGCCGGAAGCGACGAUGCACGGAGACGCAAGAUCAAGACGACGACGACGAACAGCCCGCGGUGAAGGUACUCAUCGAGGACGCGAAAUCGUGCAUGAUGCAGACGUGCUGCGAUGAAAUUUUGCUGGAGAUCUUCAAGAAUUUGGAUAGCAAUUCAUUGCAGGCUGUUGGGAGAACAUGUUGUCGUUUCUACAAUCUUAUGUCAGAUCGUCGUCUCUGGCAAGACAUAGAUCUAUCAAGCGAAAGUCUUCCAUAUCGCGAGAUUAGCAUAAGACUUGAACACAUGAACGAUUUGACAAAACGAAUCAGCAUUCGGGGGCUAGUCGAAACAUAUCCUGACAAUUCUUGGAAUGAUGUCACCGUGAAUGAAACGUUGCUCCGAAAAAUCGCCGAACUAUGUCCGUCAAUUGAAGCGUUUGAAGUUCACAAUGGUUUCAUGAAUUUGGAAGAUAUUGUCAUAACGGAUUUUCCGGAAACUCUUAAGAAACUAGUUUUUAACGAUUGCUACGUGCAGUUUCCUAGUAAAAUUCAAGUAAAUAAUUUUUUCACGGGAAUGGAUGCACAUUUUGCCGAUUUAGAGGAACUAGUAAUGGAUAACUGCAAUUGGUUCGAUACUCACGAUUUAGUUUUAUUUUCAAAACUAAAGAAUUUGAAAAAAUUAAGUCUGCGCGGAUGUGAAUCACUGAAAGAGUGCGUUCCCUAUGGAAGUAUUUCAACGCGUUUUGGAUUCAAAAAGCUUGAGGAAUUAGACGUUCGAGAUACGCCCAUAUCCGAUUCGGACAUUCAGUGUUUCAACGUAACGCUAACACUGAAAACGUUGCUUCUGGAGUGUCCAGAAGAUCUUCGUGAUCCCAACACAAGUAGUUCCUCAAAGCGAUCUAGUUCUAGACAACGACCUACUCUUCGUGCGAUGAACAAUAAUAGUGAAGACGCGCAGGAUAAUGAUGACACAAAUUUAUUCCAUAUUGUAGUCAAUGAUUAUAGCGCAAUUAACGUAAACUUGCCACGCGGAAAUCAUAAUGUUCGACCUAACAUCCAAGUCUAUUUAGUGAAUCCUGUAAGGCCUCAACCGCCGGCCGCUGCUGCUGCUGCACAACAAAACGGUGAUGAUGCUCAGCCAGCACCACAACAAAUACCAGCACAACAUCCUCCACCGGGGGUUCAACAACUAGCACUCCCACCCGAACCUCAAGCUAUACAGCCAGAUCAGCCACGUUCGGUUCACCACCUGGCCAACUUGGUCAAUCCAAAUCGUCUGAUAUCUCGUACGCUAUGGUUUGAGCGACGAUAUCCACCACCGUUUUCACCUCCUCGUAUCUAUCCGAUAAGCGAUCGGGGAGUUUGUAGUUUUGGUUCACCACGAAUUCCAGUUCAACCGGGUGUGAUUCGAAUACAAGCCGAGGCUAGGCCACCAGAUACUCAUCUCAGAAAGCUCGUUGUGCGAUAUUAUAAACAAGUAACAGACACCUCGUUGUGCCAUUUAGCACUGUGCGCACCAAAUCUUGUAUAUUUAGACUUAACAGGGACAUCUGUCACACGAGAAGGUCUGUUGACUUUCAAACAACAAAAACCCAAUUGUUUCAUUGUGUCGGAUCAUUUCACUGGUUGAUUGACUGAUUGAGAGACAAAAUAAGAUAAAUGUAUUUAUUGCAGUGCUGGUGGACGCUAGGCAGGUCCACUCACUAUCCUUCCUCCAUUUUUUUAAAUAUUAUAGUACGCAACAUAUUUGUUUAGUUUAAGGGCAUAAAACGUAUAAUAAAUUGUAUAUAAACACAUCAAACUGUGCAAAUUGGCUUUGCAAAUCCAUACACCUACAUUGUAAGCUCCUUCCUCAACAAGACAUGGAGGGAUGUCAUGUCAAAAUAGAAAUAAUAGGUUCGAUACGCACUAAUUCAUUACGAUACCUACAUAAAUAUUUAUGGGAACAUAGAGAGUAUUUUUCAUUGUAAUUCGGCUUUCGUCAUCGGGCCGAUCGUGAUUUACACGAGUAGGGAAACAAGAAAUAAUGACAAAAUAAAAAACAGUUUAUCAG